UACCUGCCUCUGUCUUUCAGCCAAGCAAGGCUGUGUCUCCAACUCUCAGAACACUGUGGAGCUCUCCUGCAGGAGCAUAGACUGAUGCUUCUGGGUUUCCUGGACCCCAGUUACCAGCACCCUGAGCUCCCUGCUGCAGGCAGCUGGAAGGCAUAGAGGAAAGUACGCUUCUCAGCCCCAAUUAUGACAGUGGCUACCGGAGACCCAGUGGAUGAGGCUGCUGCCCUCCCUGGGCACCCACAGGAUACCUAUGACCCAGAGGCAGACCACGAGUGCUGUGAGAGGGUGGUGAUCAACAUCUCAGGCCUGAGGUUCGAGACUCAGCUAAAGACCUUAGCUCAGUUCCCAGAGACCCUCUUAGGGGACCCCAAGAAACGGAUGAGGUACUUCGACCCCCUCCGCAACGAGUACUUUUUCGAUCGCAACCGCCCUAGCUUUGAUGCCAUUUUGUACUACUACCAGUCCGGAGGCAGGUUGAGGCGACCUGUAAAUGUGCCCUUAGAUAUAUUCUCCGAAGAAAUCCGGUUUUAUGAGCUAGGAGAAGAAGCGAUGGAGAUGUUCCGGGAGGAUGAAGGCUACAUCAAGGAAGAAGAGCGUCCUCUGCCCGAAAAUGAGUUUCAGAGACAGGUGUGGCUUCUCUUUGAAUACCCUGAGAGCUCGGGACCCGCCAGGAUUAUAGCCAUUGUGUCUGUCAUGGUCAUUCUGAUCUCGAUUGUCAGCUUUUGUCUGGAAACCUUGCCCAUCUUCCGGGAUGAGAAUGAGGACAUGCACGGUGGUGGGGUGACCUUCCACACCUACUCCAACAGCACAAUCGGGUACCAGCAAUCCACCUCCUUCACUGACCCUUUCUUCAUCGUAGAGACUCUCUGCAUCAUCUGGUUCUCCUUUGAGUUUCUGGUGAGAUUCUUCGCCUGCCCCAGCAAAGCUGGCUUCUUCACCAACAUCAUGAACAUCAUUGACAUCGUGGCCAUCAUCCCUUACUUUAUCACCCUGGGGACAGAGUUAGCCGAGAAGCCAGAGGACGCCCAGCAAGGCCAGCAGGCCAUGUCACUGGCCAUUCUCCGUGUCAUCCGGUUGGUAAGAGUCUUUAGGAUUUUCAAGUUGUCCAGACACUCCAAAGGUCUGCAGAUUCUAGGUCAGACCCUCAAAGCCAGCAUGAGGGAAUUGGGCCUCCUGAUAUUCUUCCUCUUCAUUGGGGUCAUCCUCUUCUCUAGUGCUGUCUAUUUUGCAGAAGCCGAUGAGCGGGAGUCCCAGUUCCCCAGCAUCCCGGAUGCUUUCUGGUGGGCAGUCGUCUCCAUGACAACUGUAGGCUAUGGAGACAUGGUUCCAACUACCAUUGGGGGAAAGAUAGUGGGCUCUCUGUGUGCAAUUGCAGGUGUGUUAACCAUUGCCUUACCAGUACCAGUCAUAGUGUCUAAUUUCAAUUACUUCUACCACCGGGAGACAGAGGGGGAGGAGCAGGCUCAGUACUUGCAAGUGACAAGCUGUCCAAAGAUCCCGUCCUCCCCUGACCUAAAGAAAAGUAGAAGUGCCUCUACCAUAAGUAAGUCUGAUUACAUGGAGAUACAGGAGGGAGUAAACAACAGCAAUGAGGACUUUAGAGAGGAGAACUUAAAAACAGCCAACUGUACCUUGGCUAACACAAACUAUGUGAAUAUUACCAAAAUGUUAACUGAUGUCUGACUGAAACCUAUUAAUGUACUCACAGCUUAACAGGACUAAUGCAGAUGUUGCAUAAUAGCCUGCAUUGUAGUCAGUGUUCUACAGUGUGCAUCUGGUUCUGCAUGGAAAGCAACAGUCGUGCAAAUGACUUUUGAUCUUUUGAUUUUCGAUUUAGAACACAGAAUACUUACCAUGGCUUUCAUGAAAUCGUCAUCGCCAACUUAACAGGUUUCCAAAGAUGAGAGUCACCCAUGGAGCCAGCAUCUG